AUUAUUAAAAUUAAAUUAAAAUAGCUGCUUGAUAUUAAUUCACACUGUUUAGGUAUAUUAAAUAUUAAAUUAUUAUAAUAUUACUUUAAUAAAUUACACAUUGUUAAUAUAUUUAGUUAUUUUACUGAAUUACUUAAGCUGUAGGAGUCAAUUGUUAGACACACGCGCCAACAAGACGAGCGGACUCCCGUGAGCACCGUGUUGUCCCUGUUCGGAACUCGUACCUACGCAUAGUGUAUACUGUAUAAUAUGUGUUGGUGAUAGUAUAUGUAUAAGACUAAACAAUUAUAGUAGUCGGUACUGUAAUGAUAUGCUCAUAUAUCAUGAUUGUAAAUUUCUUAUUUUUAUUCAAUAAAAUAAAUAAUGGUAGAGUUGUCGCACGUAGAUAAUCCUUAUAAGUUAUAACCCAAACAUCUUAAAUCAUUGAUGAAAGGAACGGUUUACAUUAUUUGGUCACGUAGAAUAUUAUACAUAGUUGUGACAGUGUGGCGCAACACAUGUAAUCUUUUUCGUGUGCUGCCGGAGACAAUGGAUGGUCCAGUAAGGGUUUCUGUCGCCGGGGAUAAAGAAAAUUUCUUCAAACGCGGAAACCUUUGACCGGGCCGCCUGCGACUCUGGCCGGCUUGACCAAGUCGUCUUCUCUCAUCAGUGUAUGAGCACCCACCAAAGAGAUCAGUGCAUGAACACCAGCUAAAGACACAAGUGCAGUGCCGUACAACUGGACUUUUUCCUUUUUUUUUUUUAAAUCGAAAUUUAACACUGUUGUUUUCUUUUUAUCUGGUUGUUUAAAACCUUUAUUUAUCUUAUAACGUCAUCUGCGCGUUCAGACACAGCUGCCAAUAAGUAAAAUGUCAAAUAUUAACGAACGGGGUUCCAGUAUUCGACAGAGACCUGCUGAAUAUGUUCAAAACUUUGAAGUUCUCCAAAAUAAAUGCAUACAAAAAAAUAUUCUAUUCAAAGAUCCAGAAUUCGAUAUACCAGAUUUAUCAUCUUUAACUAAUUGUCGAAAUAAACGUAUUGAGUGGCGAAGACCAAAAGAAAUCGUAGAUGAUCCUCAAUUUUUCGUGGAUGGAGCUUCUAGAUUUGAUGUAAAGCAAGGAUUAUUAGGCGACUGUUGGUUAUUAGCCGCCAUGGCGAAUUUAACUUUAAACAAAAAACUAUUUAAUCGAGUAGUGCCUUAUGACCAAGGGUUCUAUAUUAAAUACGCCGGUAUAUUUCACUUUAGAUUUUGGCAGUAUGGCAGAUGGGUUGAGGUGGUUGUCGACGAUCGUUUACCGACUUGUGAAGGAAAGUUAAUAUUUCUUCAGUCAGCAAAGAAUAAUGAGUUUUGGAGCGCUCUGUUGGAAAAAGCUUAUGCUAAAUUCCAUGGGUCAUAUGAAGCGUUGGACGGAGGUCUUUCAAUGACGGCUAUGGGAGAUUUCACCGGAGGAGUAUCAGAAAUAUAUGAUUUAAAUGAUGCACCAUCUAAUUUAUUCACGACUAUGCAAAAUUCUAUUCAACGACAAGCGCUUAUGUGUUGUUCAAUAAUCAAAUUGAAAUCGGAUGGCUCAGAAAAAGGAUUAAAGGCACCUCAUGCAUAUAGUAUUACCAAGGUGACUUGUUUUCUUAUGAAAAAUACUAAUGGUAAUUCGUCAACAAUAUAUUUGAUUAGACUUCGAAAUCCUUGGGGUCAUAUUGAAUGGAAUGGAUCGUGGUGUGAUAAAUCUAAUGAGUGGUUAUGUAUGACUCAAAAAAUAAAACAAUCUUUAGGUCUGGUAAUAGAUGAUGAUGGGGAGUUUUGGAUGUCAUUCGAAGAUGUUGUUAAAUAUUUCUCUAUAUUGGAAAUUUGUAAUUUGGCCCCUGACGAUCUGAUUGGACAAAAUGAAACAGGCUCUAAAACAAAAUGGGAUUUGAGUUUAUUUGAAGGUGAAUGGGUUCGAGGCGCGACCGCCGGUGGAUGUGAUGUAUUUCAAGAAUCCUUUUCGUGUAACCCACAAUACUAUAUAACAUUAAAUAAACCUGACGAUAAUGAUAAUGAGAAAAUGUGCACUGUAAUUAUAUCCUUAAUGAAAAAGAAAAUGCAUCGAAAUCGUAAAAAGGAGUCGAAUUCAUUAUUAAUUAGAUUUUUUUUGUUCGAUCUCAACAAAUCGAAGUCUGUACCGAAACCAUUAGACAUGAAUUUUUUUAACAAUAACGAUGCUUUAUAUAAGUUCCAUUCUCCUAUAUAUAACAUAAGAGAGGUUUGUAAGAGACUUAAGGUUCCUCCUGGUAAAUAUUGUAUUGUUCCGUGUACGUCUAAUCAGAAUGAACAAGGAGAGUUUUUACUCAGAGUAUUUUCUGAAAUAAAAAAUAAUUUGAAGGAGUUUGACAAUGAAGUAGGAACGUGUCCAAUUAAUGAUAAGAUCAAAGAAUUGGCAGUUAAUACGAACAAAAGUGAAGAGUCGAAUAAAAAAUUAAAAAAAUAUUUCCUUAAAGUAGCUGGUAGUGACAAAGAAGUCGAUUGGAUGGAGCUUAAAGAUAUAUUGGAUUUUGCUAUGAAACAAGAACCCGGGAAUAUACGGUUUUCAAAUGAUGUGUGUCGAUGUUUAAUUGCUAUGAUGGAUUGGGAUAGAUCUGGAAAACUUGGUUUUAAAGAAUUUCAAAGAUUAUGGUUGUAUAUUAGACAGUGGAAGGUUGUUUUUAAAGUAUACGAUAAAAAGAACAAAGGUUAUAUCAAAGGAUAUGAAUUAAGACCAGCAUUAAGUUCUGUUGGUUACCAUAUUAAAACACGUACCCUAAACACAAUGUGUCAUAGGUAUGCGAACAGAAAAGGUUAUAUAAUGUUCGACGAUUUCAUUAUGUGCGCAAUACGACUUAAAACCACGAUAGAUAUCUUCAAAGAACGUGAUCCUGGUAAUGAAAAUGUGGCUUCAUUUACAUUGGAAGAAUGGGUGGAAAAAACAUUUUAUUCGUAGAUUUAAAUAUAAAUGAAGUUUAAUUUUUACAAACAUAA